UAUAAAUUUUAAUGAACAAUAAAGAAACUUCUGGUACCCCAAUCAAAGGGGGUUUUUAUGACUUGCUCUAAUGUGGGGGCCACUUCGGACCACCCCCCACUUGUCAUCUUUAUGAAGGAUAACCUCUCAACUCAGCUACGUGUCAAGAUACUCCAAACAAGUCUCACUCUGCCGAGUUCCAAAACCAUGGAGGCACAGUGAAAAGCCUCCGUUUUUGGAUCCAAUAAUUCAAAGAAAAUCCUAGAUUCAUACACCCAAAUCUACAAUUCCAUCAAAACUUGAUGAAAAAAUGGAUCUUGAAGAGUGGGAACUGCUGCCGGAGGACGGGUUUCUGCAAAUCCAUGAUGACGGCGGCGGGAAGAAGAUAUUUUCCAGGAAAUACAGCGCCGCCCCGAAUAGUCAUGUCUUCAAGAUGAACUACUUUGUCUGCCCCCCGCCGGGAAAUCCCUCCAAUCAAUUCGUCGAAACUACAACCCAAUUGGUCCCCCUCCCUCUUCCGUCGGUUCAGUUCAUCGGUGAUCAUCACCACAAGGACACGGCAGCGACGGAAGCUGAGCCGGAUCGGGUUUCGCAGGUUUUCUUCAAGAAAAUUAAGGAAACUGAAUUCCCAUCCGACAUGAAACUUGGCUCCCCCAAGUCCAACAACAGCGCCGUCCUGCCUCAGGUAGAUGUCGGAGAAGUAUACAAAGCUGAUCAGGCCGUGGACGACAAGACCUUUUUAUCAUCCCCAAGAUCGGCGGUUGAAGAUGAUGAUGGUGACAAUAGUGAUCAUGAAGAUGGUGGUCUGAAUCUACUGAACUGGAGCAUGACCGGAGUUGGAGCUAUUCUGUCCUUUGGAAUGGCCGCCGUUGUCUCUACAGUAUGCAUCCUCAUAGCCGGAAACCGGAAGAAGCACCGACAGAAUCGCAAACUCCAGUUUCAAAUCUACACUGAUGACAAGAGAAUCAAAAAAAUGGUGCACCAUGCAACAAGGUUGAAUGAAGCAAUUUCAGGAGUUCCCAUCACCAGAGCUCAGAUCACUAUUGGAGGUUAUUAUGAUGCACUUUAAAAUCUAAUUAGAACUCUUAUAUUCUUAAACCUAAGAAAAUAAAUUCUAGAAUUUCCAUUCUUACAAGGAGAAAAAAAAAUAGAUUAUAUAUACCUACAGUACUACUUCUGGUUUGCUACCAAUAUAAUUAUGCUUGAUGAUGUUGUAUUUGUUAACUUAUGGAAUAUGAGAUGCAUGAUACUUUCCUUCAGACACCAGUAUACUACAAAAAGCUGUUACAUUAAUACAUUGUCUGUGUACCUUUCUU